CUCGUCGGAAAAGGACGCGUGUGCUUUUUUCGGGAGCUUUCGUCGUCGUCAGGGUUCGUCGUUUUUGUCGACGGUCGUCUCGUGCGGUUACUGUUGCGGAACAUUUUUCCGAGGGGGUGGUGGGACCGGUUCCCACAAUUGUUGUGUCCCAUCGCCUGCCAGUCUUCCUCCGGAGAGCGCCGGGUGGUUUUGUUCGACAAAAAAGUGUCAUCUUCGUGUGACAGGCCAAAAAAGCUCCUCGGGGCAAUAUCGCACCGUCAGCGAGGCAGGCAAAGUGACGCGAGAAAUCGCUAGAAAAAAAAUAAGUUUAAAAAGGACAAAACAUUUUAAAAACUCUGUGUUGUGGAGGGCCUGCAGGCCGUUUUCGGUGGACAGUCGACGACGAUUGUCCCUCUCCGAAGCGUCGCAAGUGUGACAAAGGAUUAUAUCAACGGAGGAAAAGCGAAUAAAAAAGUUUGGUGCGAAGAAAGGUCGUUGAGAUUUUCCCACUUUGCGUGCAAAGUAAUGUAGAAUUGAACACUUCCAGUGUCAGUGGUGGAAGAGAGGAAACCGGUAAGGGACAAAGUGACAGAUUAGAGUGAGGAUUUGCAGGCACAACACUGUUGCAGUGUUGUCCUGGCAGUGUCAGCUGUUGUUGUUGUUGAGUGAACUUUUGUGUAAUUGCAUAAAAGGGAGGUAUUCGAAGGAUAAUUGCGUGAUUAAAUGAAAUCUAGCCCAGGAGCAAUCUCACCCAAAAAUAGAAAAAUUCAUGCACCAGCUGCUCACCGACAUCAUAAUUUCCCAUCGCCAUCGUCGAAGCUCUCCAUGAUUUGGCCCAUUUUUCGGUUGCACCGGAAGUGAGAAAUAGUGUACCCGGAUCUUUUUGCAUCAUAAUGGAAGCACACUCUGGUGAAAUUUUCUCCAAUUGAAUCAAGUUCUUUUUGUUAUCUUGCUUUUCCCCCCUUUCAGUGUGAAGUGUAACUAAAGAAGGGGUUGUCUUUCGUUCGAGCAAAUUGAAGGAAGUGGCAUAAGGUGAAUGAAAAAUUGCAACCAAAAUCGCAGCCAUAUUUUAAAGUGAAAAUUCCAUAUUUCAUUUUCGUUCGUUCGGUUCAAUUUCAAUUCAAUUUCACAGUGAAAGUGGUGAAAAAAAAAUCUUCGAUUUAUCAAUAGUGUGGGAUUAAAGGAUUACCUGGCAUGUGUGGCAAGUGCUGCGAUAGCUUUUUUAUUCAGUGCGAAAAUCCACGAAGAAGCGCCUCGUAUAAUAGCCGAUUUGGGAUUGAACGAAUCGCAUUGAUUGCGGUGUAAAGAGCUUUUCACGCCCCCCAAGUUUCCCUCUUCCGUGUAGCAGGGAAGCCUUUAUUGGAUUGCGAGAAAUCAACUUUACGGGACGAUGCUGCAGGUUACGGCGGACCGGACGUCCGGACGGCGCAGCAGCUCCAUCGGAUGCCGCUCGAUCAUCGGCCGGCGAACGUCGGUCUACAUCAACCAGACGCAGCACGACCGGGACCCGUUUAAGCUCAUACUGGAAAUCAACAGCGAGGUGGCCCUCUUCCGGGACCUGCUGAUCCACGUGGGCCAGUCGCGGGACUGCCCGGAGCUGCGGGAGAAGAUCCGGAAGCUGAGGCGGUCCUGCGUGGAGGCCUGCAAGCACACAUCGGCGCUGAUACUGCCGCAGAUCCGACAGGCACUAGCCGAAGGCAUCCUGGCAGAUAACCCUCACUUGGUACUGCUGUUCUACCUAGCUCAACUAUUUCUAAGAGAACUCAUCAAAAGUCACCGCCUGGUGCAGGUCAUUCCUAUGGAUAUGUCCGGAUAUUACGAAAACCGCGCCGGCCCGUCGAACCUGGGCAAUGUGAUAAGCCAGAUACUGCUGUGCAAGCAGAUCACGCCCGACUUCAACCAGGAGGAGCUGUGCAGCAUCACGAAGGACUCGCAGGUGAUCGCCCAGAUACUGCAGGACCUGCAGGAGUUUAUGCCCCAGCAGGAGACCUACCUGGAGCGCACCAUCGCGCUGACGGCCGAGAUCAACGGACCGUGGCCGGCGAAGCGCCGCCGGGGUUCGCUGUACAAAAACAUGGGCCUUUUGUGCUGUGUCUCGCGGCCAAACUACCUAUGAAUGUAGUGGUGGCACCGUCGUCGACGUCCUAUUUCGGUUCAUCAUCAUCUAACUGCAGCUGGCAGCACUGUUGGCCAGUAGCAGCAGCAGCAGCAUCACCAGAACCAUCACAACCACCAAAAUCCAGUACCUAUAGAUAAGUUUAUUUUUAUACCAGUUUAACGGGGAAGGGGGAUUCACGAUCAUGCGAUAGCUAUGAGAGGGGUUGGGGGGGGGGGAUACUCCAAUUUUGACCACCGUUGACAGCUAAUAGUGUCGUUGGUUGAACAACAGAAGAAAAAAAAAAAAACUAAAAACCUGCAGGGCGAAGCUAUCGACCUGGGGAUUAAGCCAAUAGGUCUCGAAAUUGGAUAGGAUUAGCAAACUCACAGCACGGUGAACGAGGGACAGCCAAAAGGGACAAUCGGGUGGACAAACCCGGACAAAGUGUGCUCAACGGUGCAGCUAACUGAUUUUGAUAGGGUGGACCUUGAAGUCCUCAACUACACUUAAAGAAACUUGUUGAUUUCGAUUUUUAUCAUGUCUAAAAUUUUAAUGUUUUAAAUUUUGUAAACGAAUCAUAACGUCAAAAAUUUCUUUCCGUGUAAAGGGACAACCCCACACAAGCUGCAUCGACGACAAGUACCGGCUACUACUACCAACCAGUACCUGGUACCGUUGAGCUGCCCAAGUAACAUUUUUUCCAGGAGUUCUACAAGAGCUCUUCAAGAUAGCUACAGCAUAGCAGUUUGGACCGCGGUAGGAUAAAACUCUCUUCAAGUAC